UCCGAGCUAAGUGGGCAGCUACUCGGCCUGAUUUCCUACCUAACAUCGCGUGUCACGACCUCAGGCAGGCGUCUCCUCCUCUCCACCCUCACCGCUCACCGGCUCCCGCUCUCCAGGCCUCCACCGUGCUCCUUCCGCGCUCCACCUCGCCGCCGCCUCCUCUUCCCAGCGCGCCGCCGCCCCGUUGCUCCUUCCCACCCAGCGGUCCGCUCUUACAUCUCCCCUGAGCCGCCUUACCCCGACGACGACACCAUUGGCGGCACGGCCGCGCGACGGUGAUUCAGCGCGGUGACAUGGUCGAGUAGCGGCGCCAAGGACCAUGCCAGCGGCCGUAUCCGCGUAAAGCAUAGUGGAUUUAUCGCUGCAACUUUCUUAUGAAGGUUAGUAGAGGGAGAUCGAAGAUGAGGAAUACGCAGCGAAAGCCAUCUAUUCUCAACUUCGAUGCUGGAUGCGGAUCUUCCUUAUCUUUUAUUGUAAUAGGCUUGGUGGGAUGCACCCUCAUUGCCUGCCUAUUUUUCAUCGGCCAUCAAGUAAAAACUGGGCAUGCCCAUAGCUAUCCCAGCCAUCUGCCUGCCACCAGAGAAUUGGAAGAGGUUGAGGAAGAGCAUUUUCGGUUGCCACCUCCUCACAAGGUGAAUCCUCGUGCAGUGAAACGUGCAGUCAAACGUCGGGGCUCUACCAAGGUUUCAAAGAUCAUCGAUGAUUAUCUGGAUGGGUCCUCAGCAUUACACGACAUAUUCUUUCCUAGUGAAACAACUGCUGUGAACCCAACAAAAGGCAGAAAUGACAGCAUGUACUUUUAUCCCGGUAGGGUGUGGCUGGACACCGAUGGAAAUGCCAUUCAAGCCCAUGGCGGUGGGAUUCUGUAUGAUCACAAUACCGCGACAUACUAUUGGUACGGAGAGAACAAAGAUGGACCAACCUAUCAAAUUCACCCUGAAGGGGCACACCGGGUAGACAUUAUAGGGGUAAGCUGCUACUCCUCGAAGGACCUAUGGUCAUGGACUCACGAAGGGAUCGUGCUUCCCGGAGAGCGUACCAAUAUCACACACGACCUUCAUAUAUCAAAGGUUCUUGAGAGGCCCAAGGUGAUAUAUAAUGACCGCACUCGGCAGUAUGUCAUGUGGAUGCACGUCGACGACGGCAACUACACUAAAGCAUCCGUCGGUGUGGCCGUCAGCAGAUCCCCCACAGGCCCUUUCAGUUACCUCUACAGUUUCCGGCCACAUGGGUUUGAUAGCAGGGACAUGACGAUCUUCAAAGACGACGAUGGCAUGGCCUACCUCUUCUACGCUUCUCGGGGCAACACCGUGCUUCAUGUCAGUCCACUGACAAAUGAUUAUCUCAACGUCACAUCGGCGAUGAGGACAAUAUUGGUGAGACGGUUCAGGGAGGCUCCGGCCGUGUUCAAGCUCAGAGGAACCUACUACAUGAUCACCUCACGGUGCUCGGGCUGGGCUCCGAAUCCGGCGCUGGCACACGCCACGCACAAGAUCAUGGGGCCAUGGGAGACGCUGGGGAACCCGUGCGUCGGAGGCAACCACUUCCUCCGGCUGACGACGUUCCUGUCUCAGAGCACCUUCGUGCUCCCCCUCCCUGGCUUGCCGGGCACGUUCAUCUUCAUGGCAGACAGGUGGAACCCGUCGGAUUUGCGUGACUCCCGGUAUGUGUGGCUGCCCUUGUCCAUUGGAGGUCUGGCGGACGAGGCGCUGGACUACAGCUUCGGGUUCCCGUCGUGGUCGAGGGUGUCGAUUUACUGGCACAGGAAAUGGCGACUCCCUGAAGGUUGGAGGAAGAGUUAGGCCUGAAUUCUACCAUUGGCAUGGCGAUAGUUAUAUAUGACACAGCAUCAGUAGGUGGAAGCAAUCUGGGUGCAGAUGCAGUGGUGAUUGUUCAGGGUCUUGCUUGAUGUAUCCAACGAAUGCAAUCUGAGACUAGAUGCCUUUUUUUCUACGGUGAAUCUUAAAGUAGAUACGAAUAUACGAUAGAGUCAGCUCAUGAAAUUUCAGAAUUGUGUGGCAACGUAACAUCAAAACACAGCCCGGUUGGCUCAGUUUGGAAAGCGAUUUGAGCAAAGAAGCCUCAGAUGUUCAA